AUGCAGAUCUUCGCGACGGUUGUGUUGGCUGCUGUUGCCGCGCGGGAUGCGCUGGCUUCGCCGAUUCAGGCUCGCUCGCCGUAUGUGGUUAAGGAGACGCAUUAUGCGCCGAGGGAGUGGACGAAGCUUGAGAGGUCGCAUGGCGGGAAGACGAUCCAGCUGCAGAUUGGUCUUAAGCAGGGGAGGUUUGAGGAGCUUGAUCGCCAUCUUCAUGAAGUCUCUGACCCUGACCAUGCCCGCUACGGUCAGCAUCUGAGUGCCGACGAGGUCGAUGAACUCGUUGCACCCAGCUCUGAGACUCACGACUUGGUGCACGAGUGGCUCGCCGAGAGCGGAAUCGACACCAGCAACCUUGGCUACAGCUCGGCCAAGGACUGGGUCAUCGUCCAUCUUCCCAUUGAGAUGGUCGAGAGUCUGCUCGACACCGAAUACCACAACUACAAGCACAAGGAUGGCUCUGUCGUUGCGCGUACCACAGCCUGGUCUCUCCCACGCCACCUCCACGCUCACAUCGACACCGUCCAGCCCACUACAUCCUUCUUCCGCGGCGCAGCCCACGCCGCGACAUUCGUCGACGAGGCUGUCGAGGUACCCAAGAGCUACCACACACCCCAGAACUCGUCCAUCUCUGCCGUGUGCAACGUAACAUCCGUCACCCCAGAAUGCUUCCAAACCCUCUACAAGACCAAGUGGUACCACACCAAAGCCAGCCGCAAGAACAGCAUCGGCUUCACAAACUACCUCGGCGAAAUCCCCAUCCGCCCAGACACCAAAAUGUUCCUCGAGAAGUACCGCCCAGAAGCCGUCUCGCAAGCCUACGCCUUCAAGCAAAUCUCCAUCGACGCCGGCCCCGUCCAAGACGGCCCCCUGACCUACAACCAAUCCACCGUCGAAGGAAUCAGCCGCGAAGCCAAUCUAGACGUGCAAGCCAUUUCCGGAAUAAGCUGGAAAACACCCAUAACCUCCUACUCGACCGGCGGCCAACCCCCCUUCGUCCCCGAUAUCUCCACCCCCACAAACACAAACGAACCCUACCUCGCCUGGGUAAACUGGCUCCUAACCCAACGCUCCAUCCCGCGCAUCAUCUCGACCUCCUACGGCGAGCCCGAGCAAACCAUCCCCAAAAGCUACGCCGAGCGCGUAUGCCGGCAAUUCGCCCAAGUGGGCGCUCGCGGCACUACCCUCUUCUUCUCGUCUGGCGACCGCGGUCUCGGUGGCACGGAUACCUGCUACACCAACGACGGCAAGAACACGUAUCAGUUCCAGCCCGCGUUCCCGGCGUCUUGCCCGUAUGUCACGACUGUUGGUGCUACCAUGAACUUCGAGCCUGAGGAAUCUGCUUACCGCCCGAGCCGCAAUACGACGGCUGGGUUCCGCGAUUUGUACAGCAGUGGCAGUGGGUUUAGCAAUUACUUUGCGCGCCCCUGGUACCAAGACAAAGUCGUUCCCGCAUACGUGGCGUCACUCAACUCCACCUACGAAGGGUUGUACAACAAGACCGGGCGCGGCUACCCCGAUCUCGCGGCCCAGGGUCUGUAUUUCGCGUAUUUCUGGAACGGAACCGAGGGAACGAUUUCUGGUACUUCUGCUUCUUGCCCCUUGACAGGUGGUAUCUUUGCGCUUGUCAACGAUGCGCUCCUGGCGGCUGGGAAGCCUGCGUUGGGUUUCAUGAACCCGUGGUUGUAUAAGAAGGGAUACAAGGGCUUGACUGAUAUCACCAAGGGAUUCAGCAGGGGUUGCAACGUUGAGGGCUUCCCGGUUACCGAAGGUUGGGACCCGGUUACUGGGUUCGGUACUCCGAAUUUCCCUAAGCUUGUUAAGUUGGCGGGCGCGGAUUGUGGGUAUUAG